UGCCAUAUUUAAUUCAUAGAAAACACACACGCUUUUAGCUAAAUCUAGAAAUCAGAAUCAUCCGCAAUGUUUUCCGCCGCCUGGCGCAGUGUGGCCACCACAGUGGAGACCCAAUUGACCGCCACCUACUUCCGAGGUUCGUCCAGCAAACUGCGAUUGCGUCUGCGGCUGGCGGUUCCUCAAGCGGAUUCCCCUGGUUUUGGAGCAAUUCGAAGACGAUUUCUGGCUGUGCCCGUCUGUCCAAGUCUCGUCAACCUGCAAAAACUCAGAAAAGUGGGAUUGAGAGGCAUGCAUAGCACAUUGGAGGACGUGAAACUGGAGGGCAUGGAGAUUAAGAUACUGCCGGCCCUGCAGGACAACUACAUGUAUCUGAUUGUGGACACGAAGACGCGUGAGGCAGCCGUGGUGGAUCCCGUGGAACCGGAACUGGUCAUCAAGACGGUGCAGGAGGAGCAGCUGACCCUCAACAAGGUACUGACCACACAUCAUCACUGGGAUCAUGCUGGCGGCAAUGAGAAGCUGGUGAAGCUAUGGGAAAAGCAGCUAGAUGUCUAUGGUGGCGAUGACAGGAUUGGCGCCCUGAACCAGAAGGUUCAGCAGGAUGAUAGCUUCACCAUUGGCAGCCUGAACGUCAAGUGUUUGUCCACUCCAUGUCACACCACCGGACACAUUUGCUACCAUGUCACGGCGGGCGAUGGCAGCGGUGAGGGAGCCGUUUUCACCGGGGACACCCUUUUUCAGGGCGGAUGUGGACGCUUCUUCGAGGGCACCGCCGAGGAAAUGUACGAGGCGUUGUGCACCAAACUCUCCGCCCUGCCGGACGACACCAAGGUCUUCUGUGGCCACGAGUACACGCUGCAGAACAUGAGCUUCGCCCGCCACGUGGAGCCGGACAACGAGGUCAUCCAGCAGCGGAUAGAGUGGGCCAAGCAUCGUCGCGCCUCCCAGGAUCCCACUGUUCCCUCGACCAUUGGCGAGGAGAAGUCCUGGAAUCCAUUCAUGCGCGUCCACGAGGCCACCGUGCAGAAACACGCCGGAGGAGCCACCGAUCCCAUCGUCACCAUGGGCAAGCUGCGCAAGGAGAAGGACACCUUCAAGGCCUAAUAUUGUCUGGGCAUUUCUUUCUAUAAAACUUUAAAAUAUGUGAUUUAAAAUUGGAUCUGAUGGUUAAUAAAAUUAACGUCAUUUGUGAAAUGAAAA